AUGCCGGGACCGCUGCCAGCAUAUGGACCAGGGAGCAUGCACGCACUCUCUCUGAAUGUGAGCAAGUGUGGAGCCUUUGUUUUCCACCCUCCACCAAUUCUCAGGAUACGCCAAAUAGACCGCCUGCACAAUCCGCUUCUGCUUCAGCGUUACCUUCACGAACGAGAGGCCAUGCUUCUUUUCAAAGGAAAUCGCGGUUGUGCCAGCAUAGAUGAUGUCAUUGGCAACCCCAUGUUGCGAGUUCAUCCCGAUCAUUCCGGCAUGGUGUGCUUGAAUGAGUUUUUUCUUUUCCACGGAUGCAAAGCGGAUCGCGCGGAACUAAUCGCUGUGUCAGGAUUCGACUUUCGCCGAGGCGGGGAGAACCGUGGCAAGUUGUUUGGCGCGGGCACGUAUUUCUCACCUCUUGCAAGCAAGGCUGAUCUAUACACUCGUCCCGUUGGGGAUGAUCCCGCUGCGGCGCCGGCGGUAGCCAAACCUGCAAGGCUUUCCUCGACUUCCGCAACAAUUCGAGCCUCCUCGUCCACCCAAUUACAAACAAGUGUUGUAUCCGGCGACGGCGCGGGGUCCGCUGGCUCGUCCUCAAGCAGCAAAAACAACUUCACAUGUGUCUUCAAACGCCCGGCGUGCAUGUCGGCGCCUCAAGGUUCUGGAAGCCGGACCCCCGCUACACCAAGGGAGGACCGAGGGGCGAACAAGAGUAGAGCCCGUGCGCUUUUUGGCUUUGCAUCAUAUGGGCUACGGAAGGGCCAUGGCGGUGGCAGGGGCGAGAAUGAGAUGGACCCUCGUUUAUCUGAAAGUUGUGUCCCACUGACCGCCAGCGAUAGCGCGACGCGAGGGGAGUGCGUGGAGUGUACAAGGUCUUUUGCUUCUGUGGCCCGUACGCCUUGCGCUCGCUUUGACUCAUGUGGCGGCCUCCCAUUGAAAUCAGGAAAGACCUCCUCUCCAGAGGAAUCGCAAAAUGGAGAGGGUGAGAAAGAGGUGGAAGAGGAGGAUCACAACACACGGUAUGCUCAACGGCAACACAUAGCUACAAAUGCGAUGAACCAGAGUGGGCAGGAUGCUGAAGCUACGAUGGCGAACCCCAAAACGGCAAUUCGAACACUGAUACUCAGCCGAGUGUGUCUUGGUGAAGUGUAUAGAGCUAAUCGAGCUAUGCCAGAGGCGCGUAUGCCACCAGCCGUGGCUGAUCCCUGCUGGGAUGCUUUCCGUGGAGCGGGAGACAGGGGAUCACGCUCUCCUGUGGCAGGAAGCGGGAGUUCCGGCGGCGCGGCCUCUGGCACCGCAAGAGCAUCUGGCAAAGACGACAGCAAUGCGCCAGUGUGCAACCCGACCUCCCCAGAGUCACAGUUGAUCCACUAUGACUCAGUGAUGGCGGAAAACAGAACGAAAGGAGGCGUGGUUGACAGCAUCGAGUUCGUCGUCUUCGAGCGCGGUCAGGCCCUGCCAUUGUACUGCAUAACGUAUACCCACGACCCGUCCUGUUGCUGUGCCUCAUGCUACCGGUACGCUUGA